AUGACAGAACCACCAUCAAGAAACAGGAGUCGCUCGCGCUCCCCACCGCGCAAACCCAAAUCAUCAGGAGGAUUCCGCUGGAAAGACAAGGGCUCGCGCGCAAACGACAGCUUCACCCGCGACUUUGACGAUCGCAACCGCGAUGAUGCACCUCGCCGCUCACCUCCCCGUCGCAGUGAUGGCGAUAGAGAUAGAUAUCGCGAUCGCUCGGACAGACGUGAUGGUAACCAAGACAGCUAUCGUCCACGAUCACCGAGACGAGACGACCGCGACAAAUACAGAGAUGGAGGGGACAGAAGACGGUCACCUAGACGUGACGGAGGCAGAGAUGAGAGAAAAGAGAAGAAGAAGGAAGACAAGCCUAAGGAGAAGGAAAAGGAGAAGAAGCCAAAGGUUGUUGCUGCGCCUAGUCGUGCAGAACCAAUGAUUAUUGUCAAUGUCAAUGACCGUUUGGGUACAAAGGCUGCUAUUCCUUGCUUGGGUAGUGACCCAGUCAAAGCAUUCAAGGCUAUGGUUGCGGCGCGUAUUGGUCGCCAGCCUCAUGAGAUCAUGUUGAAGAGACAGGGCGAAAGACCGUUCAAGGAUCACCUCACGCUGGACGACUACGGUGUCAGUAAUGGAGUACAACUCGACCUUGAACUCGACACCGGAGAUUGA